AGAAAUCUCGUACAAAUACCCCCUUCCCUCAAUCUUGAGAUCUCCCACACCGUUACUCUUCCUAUAUUCUCCAAAAAGACCACCUCUCUCUACAAAACCCUCUCUCUUUCCUCUCCUCCGUGGUUAUCGGCGACAUGACUGAUCAAGCUGAAUCCUCCGACUCCAAGGGAACGAAGAGGGACUUCAGUACUGCGAUUCUUGAGCGCAAGAAGGCGGCAAAUCGGCUUGUUGUUGAUGAGGCCAUCAACGAUGACAACUCUGUCGUUGCGUUGCAUCCGGAUACAAUGGAGAAGCUUCAGCUUUUUCGCGGUGACACCAUCUUAAUCAAGGGAAAGAAAAGAAAAGAUACAAUCUGCAUUGCCCUUGCUGAUGACACUUGUGAUGAACCAAAGAUUAGGAUGAACAAAGUUGUCAGAUCAAACCUGAGGGUUAGGCUUGGAGAUGUGGUUUCUGUGCAUCAGUGUGCUGAUGUCAAAUAUGGGAAGCGUGUGCACAUUCUCCCUGUGGAUGACACUAUUGAAGGGGUCACUGGGAAUCUGUUUGACGCAUACUUGAAGCCUUAUUUCCUUGAGGCGUACCGCCCUGUGAGGAAAGGUGACCUCUUUCUCGUGAGAGGGGGAAUGAGAAGCGUGGAAUUUAAGGUUAUUGAGACAGAUCCUCCAGAGUACUGCGUGGUUGCCCCUGAUACUGAGAUCUUCUGCGAGGGAGAGCCUGUGAGAAGGGAGGAUGAAGAUAGGUUGGAUGAGGUUGGUUAUGAUGAUGUUGGUGGUGUUCGUAAACAGAUGGCACAGAUCAGGGAGUUGGUGGAGCUGCCACUUAGGCAUCCACAACUCUUCAAAUCAAUCGGUGUGAAGCCACCAAAAGGGAUUCUGCUCUAUGGGCCUCCUGGAUCUGGAAAAACUCUAAUAGCUCGAGCUGUUGCAAAUGAAACUGGUGCUUUCUUCUUCUGUAUUAAUGGACCAGAGAUUAUGUCAAAAUUGGCUGGAGAGAGUGAAAGCAAUCUCAGGAAAGCUUUUGAGGAAGCAGAGAAGAAUGCUCCAUCCAUCAUCUUCAUUGAUGAGCUUGAUUCUAUUGCUCCCAAGCGAGAGAAGACACAUGGUGAAGUUGAAAGGAGGAUUGUUUCCCAGCUCUUGACACUUAUGGAUGGACUUAAAUCCCGUGCUCACGUUAUUGUUAUUGGUGCUACUAAUCGUCCCAACAGUAUUGACCCUGCCCUCAGAAGGUUUGGGAGAUUUGAUAGGGAAAUAGACAUUGGUGUUCCAGAUGAAGUUGGGCGUCUUGAGGUUCUCCGUAUCCAUACAAAGAACAUGAAGCUAUCUGAAGAUGUUGAUUUAGAAAGGAUUUCCAAGGACACACAUGGUUAUGUUGGUGCUGAUUUAGCAGCUUUGUGCACUGAGGCUGCACUUCAAUGCAUCAGAGAGAAGAUGGAUGUGAUUGACUUGGAAGAUGAGUCCAUAGAUGCUGAGAUACUAAACUCCAUGGCUGUUACAAAUGAGCACUUCCAUACUGCUCUUGGAACAAGCAAUCCAUCUGCUCUUCGUGAAACGGUUGUUGAAGUGCCGAAUGUGAGUUGGCAGGAUAUUGGAGGCCUCGAGAAUGUCAAGCGGGAGCUUCAAGAGACUGUUCAAUACCCUGUGGAGCAUCCUGAGAAAUUUGAGAAGUUUGGCAUGUCACCCUCAAAGGGAGUUCUUUUCUAUGGUCCACCUGGAUGUGGUAAAACUCUACUUGCCAAGGCUAUUGCCAAUGAAUGUCAGGCGAACUUCAUCAGUGUCAAGGGUCCUGAAUUGCUUACCAUGUGGUUUGGGGAGAGUGAGGCCAAUGUUCGAGAAAUAUUUGACAAGGCUCGUCAAUCUGCUCCUUGCGUCCUAUUCUUUGAUGAGCUCGACUCAAUUGCUACUCAGAGGGGAAGUAGCGUUGGAGAUGCUGGUGGUGCUGCUGAUAGGGUUUUGAAUCAACUCCUCACUGAAAUGGAUGGAAUGUCUGCCAAGAAAACUGUUUUCAUUAUUGGGGCCACCAACAGGCCUGAUAUCAUUGAUCCUGCCCUCUUGCGGCCCGGCCGUCUUGAUCAGUUGAUUUAUAUCCCUCUGCCUGAUGAGGAUUCUCGUCAUCAGAUUUUCAAAGCCUGCCUGAGGAAAUCUCCUGUUUCCAAAGAUGUAGACCUGAGAGCGCUUGCAAAGUACACUCAAGGUUUCAGCGGUGCCGAUAUUACAGAAAUAUGCCAACGGGCAUGCAAAUAUGCCAUCAGAGAGAACAUUGAGAAAGAUAUUGAGAGGGAGAGGAGGAGAGGUGAGAAUCCUGAGGCCAUGGAGGAGGAUGUCGAAGAUGAGGUGGCAGAGAUCAAGGCUGCUCAUUUUGAGGAAUCAAUGAAGUAUGCUCGAAGAAGUGUAAGUGAUGCUGACAUUCGCAAGUACCAGGCAUUUGCCCAAACAUUGCAGCAGUCUAGAGGGUUUGGCACUGAAUUCCGAUUCUCUGAGACCAGUACGGGAGCUGCUGGAUCUGACCCUUUUGCAGCUUCUGCUGGUGGAGCUGAUGAAGAUGACCUGUAUAGUUGAUCUUGAUGAGUGUUUUCAUCCUCUUUUACACCGACAUUGCUUUAGUAUUUCAGUAUUUAUAUGUAAUCGUUGCUACUACCUGUAUCAUCGGGCGAAAGCUUUUGUGAGAUAUUUAUGAAGUCUAAAACUUUGGUUGUAGGCCUGUGGAUAACUCCUGGUUUAAGCUUUUGUUGUAAUGGAUGUGUGGGAACUUCAUAGGAUUGAAGUUCUUGUGUUCUCUUAGUUAUCAAUAACAGCAUGUCUUUGAAUGUCU